CCAUGCCCGUCCCUUUCGUGCUCUAUUCCUUUUGGUCGGGCUGACUCCGGUAAAAACCAUUGUAACCAGAUCCCGCUACUCCCUCCAUCGAUAUCCACCUCUCCUUUUCCACCAACAAAAAAUCAAAAAAUCAAAAAAAGUGAGAAAAAUCAUUGGUUCCAACUCGUACGGUUCCCGUCGAUUUCCCGGUUCCGACCAGUCUCCGAUGCAGAUCAGAUCCUGAUUAAGGCUUCAGCACCGGAGACGAGAAGCUUUGCAAUUUCUGCUACAAAAGGGUGUUGAUCUUCAUGUAUCUGUUUGAUUCUGUGAAGGAAGAAGAUCAAGAAUUGAGUGUUUGAUUUGUGUUUCAAGUGAUUGGAAAGGCUUAGGUAUUCAAAGAACAUGUCCCAAUACCAAGGGGAUGAUAUGGAAUACAUGGGGGAUGAUUAUGAAAUGGCAGAUGUAGAUGAUGACAUGGAUCAAGAAUUCCAUGGCAGGGGAAUGGGUGACUCAGAGUCAGACGAUGAUGAAUACGACCACUUGAAUGCCAAGGUGAUGGACACUUCAGCUGCACAAGCAAGGAGAGGCAUAGAUAUCCAAGGAAUUCCUUGGGAGCGGCUAAACAUCACAAGAGAGAAGUACAGACAGACUAGAUUAGAACAGUAUAAGAACUAUGAAAAUGUUCCUCAAUCUGGGGUGGGGUCAGAGAAGGAAUGCAAACCUACAAAGAAAGGUGGCAUGUAUUAUGAGUUCCGGCGCAAUACAAGAUCUGUGAAGUCAACAAUCCUUCAUUUCCAGUUGAGGAACUUGGUUUGGGCUACAUCAAAGCAUGAUGCUUACCUCAUGUCCCACUAUUCUGUCAUUCAUUGGUCAUCCUUAAAGUGCACUAAAUCUGAAGUUCUCAAUGUAUCAGGUCAUGUGGCACCAUGUGAGAAACAUCCUGGAAGCUUGCUUGAGGGCUUCACUCAGACCCAAGUUAGUACAUUAGCAGUAAAGGACAAGUUGCUAGUUGCUGGAGGAUUUCAAGGGGAACUUAUCUGCAAGUAUUUGGAUCGGCCUGGGGUUAGCUUCUGCUGCAGGACAACUUAUGAUGACAAUGCAAUCACAAAUGCUGUUGAAAUUUAUGAAAGUUAUAGCGGUGCUGUACAUUUUACAGCUUCAAAUAACGACUGUGCAGUUAGGGACUUUGAUAUGGAGAGAUUUCAGCUUUCGAAACAUUUUCGCUUUGCUUGGCCAGUGAAUCAUACCUCUUUGAGCCCGGACGGCAAGCUUAUUGUCAUUGUUGGCGACAACCCUGAUGGAAUACUGGUCGACUCCCAGACUGGAAAGACAGUCAUGCCCCUUUGCGGACACCUGGAUUACUCAUUUGCAUCAGCAUGGCAUCCCGAUGGUCGUACCUUUGCCACUGGAAACCAGGACAAGACCUGCCGGAUUUGGGAUGUACGGAAUCUCUCAAAGUCAGUUGCAGUCCUGAAGGGCAACCUCGGAGCCAUCCGAUCAAUUCGAUUUACGUCUGAUGGGCAAUUUAUGGCAAUGGCGGAGCCUGCUGACUUUGUUCAUGUAUAUGAUGCAAAGAAUGGAUAUGAGAAGCAGCAAGAGAUUGAUUUUUUUGGUGAGAUCUCUGGUGUAUCUUUCAGCCCUGAUACGGAGUCCCUCUUUAUCGGCGUAUGGGACCGCACAUAUGGUAGCCUCCUGCAGUAUGGCCGGUGCCGGAACUAUUCAUACCUUGACUCCCUAAUAUGAAUGAGCACAAACUUGAAAAUAAUGAUCCUCCAUGCCCUUUAAACAUUUGAGCAUGUCUUCUCUCACCUUUGAUAUUACAUGACAUGGGAUCACAAGCAAAAAAUGCCGUCAAGAGAUUGGAUAUGCUGUCGGCUUUUCAUGUUUGUUUUUUUUUUCUUUUUUUGUUCAUGAUAAAUUUGAUAAUGUCGCAUAUGUAAAAGGGAUGGAUGUGUAUAAAGGGAGGGGCUGCAGUGCUGUACAGAGGGCUAGAAAUGCACAAUGCCAAACUUUAGAAGAAGGAAUUUCUUGGGUGGUGGGGGGGGGGGGGCGGUGUUACUGUGUUAGGCUUCAUAUUGUUGAAGAAAACUUACCAGGCUACAUUGGGGGUACUUUGCACGUGUAUAUUUAUGAACUCUGUUCUUUUUGGUACUUUCUAAGAACCAUUUUUCUGUCGUUUAUCGGAAAAAUACUUUUUGAUACGCCUUUAAAGGAUAUAAUGUCUUCGUCUUUUCUGA